CAUGUCUAGAUGGCUCCAUUUUGCAAUGAUUCAUGUUAUGUCUAGUCCAGUUCCAACACAUAUAUUCAACACACAUUAAAAACCUCUUUUAUUUUCAUUUGAGGAUCUUUCCUGCUAUGUUCAGAUCAGCAGCAGUCCUUCUUAUAAACACUCCCACAUUUACUACCCUCAAACCCAGAACCAUUUCACCAUUGUCAGUUGUCUGACUCAUGAGUUGUGUGGGUUGGUUAGAUGGUGGGACUGACUCAUAAUAAACUUAUCUAUCAUCCUCAGUUAGUACGUCUCCUUGCAACCGGGAAGCAUCACGACAGGAAGAAUCUUAACUGAGCUUGAAGGGAAACCUCUCCAGUCACCAUUGACGGGAUCUAGGCCACGUCUAGAAAAAUGACUUGUUUUAUUCUGUUGGCUGAGCGCAUGUGGAAUCGUUUUGUGUCUGAAAGGAAGCCUGGUUGGAAGAACCUGAUACUCCUUUUUGCAAUCUGCAGUUCUGUCAGUUUGGCAGCAAACACAUUUCUGUUCCUUGCUGGGUAUUCCUUACUAAAGGACUAUCCCACGUUUACUGCAGUCUUGUUCUCAUUUCUGUGGAUCAUCCUUACCUUUGGUUUGUGCUUCUUUAAGUACCUGCGCUGUUUUGCAUCCCUGUUUUUCCUUUCCUGUGGCAUGCGUGAAGGAAGAAAUACACUCAUUGCAGCUGGGACAGGUGCCCUGGUUGCUGGUCACAUCAGAAAUAUUUUUUACAAUCUAAAGCAGCUGGCAGGUAGUAUAAGCUGCAUUCUUGAAACCCAGCGCUUGUCCUUUCUCAGCAAGUACACUGAAGCAAUUUGGUGGAUUUACGGUCAGAGCAAGGUCCUGGGAAACCCCUUUAAAUAUAUUGUAGUACUGGAGGACAAACUGAAUGUGUCGUAUUCAGUUUCAGAUGAAGACUGGAAGGUGAGGCUGAACGAGACAAGGAUGGCCAUCACAAAUGUCACCAGCCAGAUCUCGUCCGUACUAGCUGUACAAACCAGCCUGGUGAAAAAAGUGCCCCCACUCCUGGGCACUGCUUUCAUUAUUCUUGGGACAUAUCUCUUCAUCCGAAAAUUCCAGAACCUGCACAAGGUCAAGUUUAAGAACAUCUACAUUACAAAGGCGUUCAUUCGUUACGAUGAGCAGCAGAGGCAACAACGAAAGCUUUCCGUCCUUCCCCUCAGUAAAGAAGAAAGGAAAGUGUAUGCAACGGUCCCAUCUUUUUGCCAAACACACAAAGAGAGGAAAUGCAUCGCAUACUUUUUUAUCCCUGUGGUUGCUAACAUUUCCAUUUGGACUGUCUUUGCCGCAGUAGAUUAUCUGCUGUACUGGCUCAUUUUUUCAGUGAGCAAGCAUCUCCAAGAUUUCCCUGAACUAGAGGUCCAUGUGAAAUUAUAUUACCAUAAAAAUGCUGGUAAAUUCAUCUUCAGUGAUGGGGAGAUUGCUGCCAACAAGACUUCCUUUAAGAUUCCUGUCUUUGAGCACGCCUGCAUCCCUACACCAGUCCACUCCCUUUCAGAAACAUGGAUGCAACUGGGACCUAUCAUCUUUUUUUUAAUUGUGCUUGGGCUGUUGACUUCUAUGCUUACACAACUGAAAAUACUGGUGAUGACAUCGUUCUUUCCCACCACAGACAUGAAACGGAUAGAGUAUCUGCAUGCAAAAUUAUUGAAAAGAAGAUCAAAGCUCUCAGAGAGAAAUGUGAAAAGGAAACUAAAUUCAUUUGCAACGUUACAUUUCUGGUUCCCCAUCCUCCAAGCAAUGAGGAGUUCCAAGAAGAAAGAGAAGGAUGUGUCCGAAGACAGCAACAUAUAACAAUGCAAAGGACGUCUUUAAAGAACCUAUGUGAAUGGAACCGCCCCCUCCCGGUGGAUUUAAUUUUUCUCACACUGGAUUAGUUUUCCCAUCUUAAACUCACCAAGUGAUUUAGUAGUAAAGUGAUUGAAAUAUA